AUGCAAAAGACCGACGUACCAAGGCAGGCCCAGGUUCGAAUCCUGCUCCCUCCACCUCCUCCCCGCUUACCCGUGGCAAGGAUAACCCGGCUGGCUAUCGACAACAACCACCCGCCUGUGCCGUCGAGCCCACACUUGUUGGGAACUUCGUCUCCAUGGCUACAAACGACCGACAGCUCCGCUGUUUGGACACAGGCCCCUCUCGAUGAAGAGCCGUCAACUGCCGUCAGACGAAUCCUCCGUGCGCCUGAAGGCACGGGGUCGCUUCGUCUUCGCCAGAUGCCUCAAAAGGCCUAUUCUUCAUACCAACGUCAAGCUGGGGCCUCGUCCACUCCAGCAGCACCCACAAUGAGGUUCUCCCACUUCACCCAGCUCGCCGCCCUCGUCACUCUUGCCCCGGCCGCCAUGGCCGACCUUUACAUCUACAAGGAGACGUCAGCGGCGACAAGCGUGGUGAUUCGUUGCGAGAGCGACGGCUGCAUCACCGGCUUCGACAUGUCGGACAUUGACGUGCUCGAGAUGGACUACAAGGAGUAG